AUGGGCGGCAAGCGGCGCAAGCUACUGAUGAAGCAGCAGGCCAAUGGCAAGGCGCCCGCUGCAGGCAAAUCCUCCGCGCGCGCCUUCAUCCCCAACCGACACUCGGACAAGCCUCUCGCCGCCGCCGGUCCCUCGAGCGGCGGGCGGACCGGACGCCAGCAGCAGCAGCAACCCAACAAGCCCAGCAGCAAGAAGGGAGAGGAGCAGCGCCAGCGCCAGCUGCAGCACAACAUCGAGAACCCGACGAUCCCGUUCGACGCCGACGACCGCAUCCUGCUCGUGGGCGAGGGCGACUUGAGCUUCGCGGCGUCGCUGGUCCGCCACCACCGUUGCCGACACGUCACGGCCACGGUACUGGAGAAGGACCACGCCGAGCUCGUCGCCAAGUACCCUUCCGCGGAGGCCAACAUUGCCGCCUUCCACGGCGUGAAGCCGCCCGGGGCGAGCAAGAAGAGCGUGGAGCAGGAAGCUGAAGGAAGAGGCACCGACGACGAGAAUCCAAGGGACGACGAGGACGACGGCGAGAAUACAAGGGACGACGAGCAUGACGAAGACAACGACAAUGAUGAUGCUGCGCCCGCAAACAUCCUGCCGCCACCACCACCCCAAGACAGCGACAGCGACAGCGACGCCGACUACGACGCCGACGGCAACCACCGGCCCCGACCCCCCAAGACCAACCGCCUUCUCUACGCCAUCGACGCCACCAAGCUCCCGCCCUCCCUCGCCCGCGCCACCCCGCGCUUCGACCGCAUCCUCUUCAACUUCCCGCACGUCGGCGGCAAGUCCACCGACGUCAACCGGCAGGUACGGUACAACCAGGAGCUGCUCGUCGGCUUCUUCCGGAGCGCGCUGCCCGCGCUCGCCCCUGGCGGCUCCGUCGUCGUCACCGUCUUCGAGGGCGAGCCCUACACCCUCUGGAACGUGCGCGACCUCGCCCGCCACGUCGGCCUGCAGGCCGAGGCCAGCUUCCGCUUCCGCGCCGCCGCCUACCCGGGGUACCGCCACGCGCGGACCCUGGGGGUCGUGAGGAGGGCCAAGGGCAAGGGGGGAGAGGGGGAGGAGGCGAGGGGGGCCUGGAGGGGGGAGGAGAGGCCGGCGAGGAGCUUCGUGUUCGUGCGCAGGGGGGACGUGCUGAGGAAGCCGAGGAGGAGUCAGGAGGAGGGGAAGAAGAAGAAGAAGAAGAAGCGCAAGAGGGGGAGUGAUGACGAGGACGAGUCGAGCGAGGAUGACUUGGACGAUUAG